GCCCUGCUUGUGUUUAUUGCAGCUCCUGACUGUGUGUGUAUGCAGAAGGGGGGAGGGAAAAAGAAAGGAAAAAAAAAAGAGGAAAAAAGAAAAGAAAGGAUUGAGGGAGGAGACAGUUUGCCAGAAAAUAACUGAUUUUUUUUCCUCUCCACUAUCUAUCCCAAGGCCCUAUCUGCAUUCACACACCCUGCAAAUCUCAGCUAUUACUGCACACUCCCCCCAGCUGAGGGGCUGCAGGAAUUAUAAUUUUUUUUGGCAAUCCCAGAUCCCCCCCCUGCCUUUUAUCUGCCUUCCCCUUGCAUGUGCAUGAGGGAGAAGGGGGGGAGGGGAGAGCAGUAAGGAGAGAGGGGAUGCAGCAAUUUGGGCUCAGGGCUUUGGGAAACAUCAGGGAUAUCCAGGCCUGUUUGGAUUUACCAAAGGAAUUACCGGAUCUGCAAUGAAGACCUUUUAACAAGACACGAACCAGCAGCUUGGGGGGAAUUUCAUUCAAAUCUACUGCUGCCCAGUCCUGUUUUAUAAGCUUUUUAUUUUUAGUUCUUAGGAUUCUGUCCACCACUAGGAUUCCUGUUGAUCGCCCAGCCUGUUUUAUUUUUACUGAAUAUUUUGUUUAAGUCAGCAUUUUGUUUUGUGUUUUUGCUCCAGAGAGGUGGGAUUUUUUUUCCCCAGGGUAUAUAGAUAUAUAUUUUGGCAGUUUUUGUUUCAUUUUCUAUAUAUAUUUGCAGUUUUUGUGUGCUUUGUUUCCUGUGACUGACUGGCUGGCUGGCUGACAGAUCCCUUGCAGAGGAAUAUAAUAAUAUUUAUGAAGACCAUAAGGAAAAAUGCAAAAUAUUUCCAGGACUUGGAGUUAAUAUUUGUUAUUUUGCUUUGUCAACAGAACAGCUGUUACAAGGGCAUUUAAUUGCCUGUUUUUUGUUUUUAAAAUCUGUUGCCUUGCUAUUCACAUAAUGAUGUCUAGCCAACAAAAUCAAAUGUUUUCUCUUUGCUAGGGACUGUGACUUGAAUUUAUUUUAAUUUUUUUUUUCCUUUUUUAAAUUCAUCUUUUUUGCAAGCCUGAACUUAGUAAUACAAAGGCCAGUAUUCAUUCCCCCUUGGAAGAAUCCAAGCAUGGGCAAUCUGCAGGACAAGAUGGGUUCUGUCCCUUUAAUAGUUUACCAAUGCAUUUUUAUACAGUAAAAAUACUGAUCAAUUUUAUAGCAUUUUAUUUUAUUUACCUUAUUCUCCCCCAAUUUGGAGAACCGCUGGAUUGCAUCCUCUACCCAGCAAAAUGAGCAUCGGUUCACCCCAGACCUCUAUAGACAGAGCAGCUUCCAAACGCCAUGCCCACUUACCCAGCCCUAUCUCAGCCUGGUUAAGCAGUUUGUCUUCGGUUAGUGACGGAGCAGCUGAACGAAAAUCUCCGGGACAUCAGCGGCAGACAUCGGACUGCAACGAGUCGACGGGUUUGGUGCAACGCUGUGUCAUCGUGCAGAGGGACCAGAAUGGAUUUGGCUUUACAGUCAGCGGGGACCGGAUCGUGCUGGUUCAAUCUGUACGCCCAGGUGGAGCUGCAAUGCGAGCCGGCGUGCAGGAGGGUGACCGCAUUGUGAAGGUGAAUGGCACUCUGGUCGCAAACAGUUCCCACAUCGAAGUUGUCAAACUUAUCAAAUCUGGGACCUAUGUGGCACUAACUCUUCUGGGUUCACCUCCACCCUCCAUGGGGAUGUCUGGGCUUCAGCAAGAUCUGGGCAGUUCGGUGUCUCCACGGAAUACAAUGCUAUCUCCAGCACCACCCCCACCACCUCCUCUCCCUCCACCUCAGCGCAUUACAGGACCCAAACCACUGCAGGAUCCAGAGGUUCAGAAACAUGCCACUCAAAUUCUUCGGAACAUGCUGAAACAGGAGGAGACUGACUUACAGAACCUUUGUGAGGUUUACAACAAAAGUCCAACCCCCAUGCUGCAGGAACAGAUCGAGGGAGCUAGGAGGAGGGUUGUUCAGCUGCAGCUGAAAAUUCGUCAGGAAACCUCCGGUCCUGGGGAUUUGCUCCGUUCGUACAGUGACUGCAGCUCCAUUGGGUAUAAAAUUUUGGAAGGCCGUCUGUCUAUGGAUUCCCAGGAUGCUGAUAGCGGUCUGGAUUCGGGCACGGAACGGUUCCCGUCUAUUAGCGAGUUCUACCAUAAUCGGAACUCAGUCUUGUCGGACCCUGGAGGGGACAGCUCCCAGACGUCACCAAUCAUCUCUACCAAGAUCUUUCAACACCACCGGCGGCAAGGAUCUGACACUGCGUUCAUCCCGGGUCCAGAGCAGGUAUCGGACAAUGCAAGAUCUUCCAUUAUAUGUCCGGAGGAUGAAUGUGACCAUGGGUACUAUGUAACAGAGUGUGAUGGUCUUUUCCAAGACUUGGAGAAAUUGAAGUCUCGGCCGGCACACAUGGGAGUAUUUUUACGUUACAUCUUCUCCCAAGCUGACCCAAACCCACUGCUCUUCUACCUGUGUGCUGAGGUCUGCCAGCAGUUGGGUCCACGAGAAGCCUGCAUGUUGGGCAAAGAGGUCUGGAACAUCUUUCUGGACAAGAGUUCUCCCUUGAAAGUCAAAAUCCCCGAACAACUGCUGACUGAAAUAGACUCCCGCUUACGAGGCUCUGAAGAUAUUCGAGGCCUGUUGGGUGAAGCGCAAGAUGCAAUGCUGCCUGAAAUACAAGAACAGAUUCAAGAUUACAGGACUAAACGCACUAUGGGAUUGGGCAGUCUAUACGGCGAGAACGAUCUGCUCGACAUUGAUAUCGACCCCCAGAGGGAACGACAGGUCGCAGCAAAGCAGAUCUUACAGCUGGAAGAAAUCCUGUCAAAGUAUGAAGAAGAAAGAAGCUCUCCAAUGGCUUUCGCUCUCAGCACGUAUAUGAAUUACGCCGGAAUCCGCGUGCGAGAUGCGCGCCCCGCUAGCAUCUCCGAGAAAUCCCAAAGUUUCCCAGAUAAAGACAAAUGGCUUCCAUUCUUUCCCAAGACUAAGAAGAGCAGCACUGCAAAAAAGGACAAAGAGCGUGAAUCGGCAGAGGACAAGAAGCGCAAUCCCAUCCUGAAAUACAUCGGAAAACCCAAAAACUCAUCGCAGAGCACAUUUCAUGUUCCUUUGUCCCCUGGUGAAGUAAAACCAGGAAACGUGAGGAAUAUUAUCCAGCACUUUGAGAACAAUCAAUCAUACGACAUCCAAGAUCUUGGGACACAGCGAUUGUCCACUGGAAGCUUUCCUGAGGACUUGCUGGACUCUGACAGCUCCAGGUCCGAGGUGAAGCUUGGACGUUCCGAAAGCCUAAAAGGUCGAGAGGAGUUAAAGAAAUCCCGCAAGGCGGACAAUGUUCCGCGUUCACGAAGCGAUGUGGACAUGGAUGCGGCCGCAGAGGCCACCAGACUGCAUCAGUCGGCAUCCUCAUCAGCGUCCAGUCUGUCCACCAGAUCACUAGAUAACCCAACCCCUCCUUACACACCCAAACUAUGUCGCAGGAGUAUGGAGUCUCCCAACAUGGUGUUUUCUGGAGAUUCCUUGCUGUCCAAUUUACAGGAGGAUGAUCUAGGUCACCUCUCUGAUCUAGAACCUGAGCCAGAUUCUCAAAACUGGCAGCACACCGUGGGCCGAGAAGUGGCACAACACCUACCUCCAAGAGAGAGGGCAAGGCAGGAGGUGAUACAUGAGCUGUUUGUGACUGAGGCAUCCCACCUUCGCGUCCUCAGAGUGCUGGAUCUCAUCUUCUACCAGAGGAUGCGCAAGGAGAAUCUGCUGUCAAAUGACGAGCUAUGGCUGGUCUUCCCCAACCUCCCCGAACUCCUUGAGAUCCACAACUCACUGGCGGAAUCCAUGAAACGCAUACGAGAAGAUGGGCCAGUUGUCAAGGAGAUUGGUGACCUCAUGCUGUCCAGAUUUGAUGGCAGCGCAGGGGAAGAAGUUCAGCAGGAAAUUGCCAAGUUUUGUUCUUACCAAACCUACGCUCUGGAGCUCAUAAAAACCAAAAAGCGGAAAGAAACACGGUUUAAUCAAUUUAUGCAGGAAGCAGAGAGUAACCCUCAGUGUCGACGGCUCCAGUUAAAGGACCUGAUUGUGUCGGAGAUGCAGCGUCUCACCAAAUACCCCUUACUCUUGGAGAACGUCCUCAAACACACAGAGCCCGGCACACAAGAUUAUGAAAAGCUUUAUCGCUGCCGGGAUCGAUGUCGUGACAUCCUAAAAUACGUCAACGAGUCUGUCAAGCAGGCAGAGAACGAGCAUAGAUUGGCAGAAUACCAAAAACGCCUGGAUGCCACGUCGUUUGAGCGGUCGAAUAACCCCCUGGCUGCGGAGUUUAAGAACUUGGACCUAACAGUGCGGCGCAUGAUCCACGAAGGCUCUCUGACCUGGAGGAUAGCAAGAGAUAAAACCAUUGACGUGCAUGUUCUCCUUCUGGAAGAUCUCUUGGUUCUUCUGCAAAAACAGGAUGAGAAACUGGUGCUGAAGUGUCACAGUAAAACCAACGUAGUUUCCACAGACACCAAACAGACCUUCAGCCCCAUUAUCAAACUAAACUCCAUUUUAGUCCGAUCGGUGGCAACUGAUAAGAAAGCCCUAUUUAUCAUCUGCACGUCGGAGCUUGGACCUCAGAUCUACGAACUGGUGGCACUCACAUCCUCAGAGAAAAAUACGUGGAAGGAGCUUCUGGAAGAAGCAACCAAAGGUUCCAUGAGGAAUCCCUCUAGCGCUACAAAACUAAGCACUCAGGAACUAACUAGUCCACGGCCUCCGUCUGCCAGUGUGGUUUUACAGGGUGCUGGCAUCCCAGCCCUAUUACCCUCAGAUCGCGGUCUACGAACCAACAGCGAGGACCUCGCAUCAGCAGAUGAGAGGCAUAUUGCGCUAAUGGAUGAGGCUAAGCAUGAGGAGCCACAGGAAGAGAACGAAAUAGAAGGCUCGGCGGAAGAGGAGGCUCAGACUCCCACUCAGCAGCCUCUUCCAUCCAAAGUGGAGGAUGCAGGGGGUGGCUCUGAGAGGUCACCUGGUUCUGUCUUCCAUCCCUACCAGUGGCCUCCUGUGACUGAGGGCCUGGCAGAGUCCGCACUGGAAGAUGUUGAGAAUCUGAGGCAAAUGAUCCUUCGGAGUCUACUUCCCCAGGGACUUUCAGAGUUUGACUCUGCCACGGCCCCUGUGGCCGAACCAGAAGAUGACCUAACACCCACUCCUUCAAUCACUGGGGCAUCUGGCCAUCCCUGGGAAAUGACUGGAGACACAGUAUUAGAGACUUUAGAUAGCGGGCACCAAAGCGAGGGUAAGGACAGCUUGACACCGCGACCGUUCGUUAGUUCAGAGAAUGGUAGCUCUUUGAAAGAUCAUCAGGAGAGGCCGUUCUCCAGAGAUGGAGAGGAAAAUGCUUGGAGUCGUGUUGAGAGACAUCCGCCUGAGAGUUCUCUUCAUCACAAAAAGUCUGAACAGCUUGAAACUGUUUCUGAGGACCAUGCCAACAAAGGGUGCAGAGUUGUCCGGAAAGCUGAGGUGGUGGGAAAUAUUGAUGUCAUUCCAUUGCCAGACAACAGUCAAUCAGAAAAAGAGUUGCAGGAAGUUGGCGGUGGAACGGUUUUAGAUGGAAACUUAUUUUAUGUGGUAAUGCCCACUUCUUCUGUAUUGCCCCCACCUGAAGAGGAACAACGAGGAGUAUGUAACUUGAAAAGUGACUCUGAGCGAGCAUCAAGUCCUAGUUUCUCUGAUUUUCGAGAGCAUGCACAUUCGGGAAUUGUAGAUCCACCAACUAGAAGCUCAGACCCUACUUCUAAUGAACCAGCUCACUCCGAUUUACCGGCACCGAAUCUGAUCAUUCAGGAUGUUGAUAUGAUCUUUAGGACGAUAGCGCAGCUGACGGCCAAGCUUGAAAGGUUAAAGGAAGUGGAGUCUGCACACCAAGAACUGUUAAGGUCUUUGGGACGAACUGCCAAUGAAGAAUUGAACCACCAGGCAGAGCCCAGUGAAGAAGAGGACAAGCACAGGCAGUUACACCACGUACCCACCAUGAAUAGCAACUCUCUCUUCUUCGUGAGGAACAGCGUAUCCGUCUCAAUCCACCGUGACAGUAAGGAGCUUAUUGUGUGAUUGUCUUGCAGAAUCACGAGAGGAUUUUCCAGAUUACACCAUUGGUUUAUAACGAGGCGUUCUUUGUGUCCCUACCAUUUCCUUACGGCUUGGAACCAGAGUACCCAUUACACAUGGCAGAGGGAUGACUACACGCAUGACACACAGGCACUUUUUGAUCAGUAAAGGGUGUGUAUAUACGCCCAGGCCAGACUGACUAAGAGAAACAAGAAGACUCUUUAAAAGAAAGAAAAAAUAAAAAUACAAAAAAAACUGGAAUUAUUAUUUUUGGAAGAAAAAAAAGCAUGUUAGCUUAUUAAAUUAAAUAUAUAUAUAUAUAUAUGUAUAGUUAUAUACCUAUUUAAAAAAGAAAAAAAAUCAUACAUUAUUGCUGAUUUGUUUCUAACAAAAAAAAAAAACGAAAGUGUUCCCCUUCUCAAACACGCAUGCUGUUGCUAUGGCUGUUCCUUUUGGCCCUAGCUGGAUUGAGGAAAGGAGGCUUCCUGUGGACAGUCUUACAUUUUGGGAGAUGCUCGGUCUACCUUGUAAUGUUCCUGCUGCCCGGCAGAAAGUCGGUUCUGUAGAAAAUGCACUAUUUCCAAUGAAGAGACGCCCACAGAUCUGCACACGGAGGGUUUCUCUCCAUGUUAUAAAAAAAAUUCUUGUAUAAAUAUGUAUGUAUGUGCAUUUUUUUUAUUUUGUAAAUAGGUUAUUUUGUCCUUUUCCCCGCUCUUCCAACUUGUAAUAAAACAGGCUUUUUACCACUGGCGUUCUGCAGAUUGAAGGCGUA